UUGGAGGACCCCCCUACCAAUGAAACGAAUCUCCUAACAAAUGAACAAAUAGAAAACAUCCUAACAUGGUCAGAUUCCGAAACAUUCACCGAUGACACAACAACAACAAAAACAGAAACAAGAAACCAUCCCAACAACGAAAUUUCAAUUGUUCAAAUACCAACAGAAACUACAACCAGCAAACCACACAUCACCCAACAUGCAUCAACAACAUCACAAGAAUCAACUUCUACAAUAUCACAAGAAUGGCAUGCCACAACAAUUGGAUCAUGA